AUGCUGUCUUCUUUCUGUACAUUGGGCCUUGCCCUGUUCGUUACCCAGAGCUAUAGCCACAGCAAUCCUUUAACCAUCCCAGCCCCGGGGAAGCAUAGUGAUCCAGUUGAAAGGGAUCUCCAGUCAUUUUCUAUCGAAUUUGCAUUCUUUCCUGACUACGCUGGCAAUCGUUCAAACCCGAACAAAUUUUCAGAGCAUUUAUUGGAGAACUUCCAAAGGAUCACUGGAGUGUACCCGAGAGUGAGAGUUGGAGGAACUACCCAAGAUAAAUCCAAAUACUACCCUGAUCAAGAAGAGGGUAUUCAGCUCGUAUUUGCCAAGCCAACAGACGACCAACCAAGCGAAAUCAAAUAUGGCCCUGCGUUCUUCGAGUCAUAUCAUACCUUGGGUAAUAUUAAGUUCUCCCAUGGUUUGAAUAUGGCCCAGAAUGCUUCACUACACCAGCUCCAACUGGCUGCCGUGGAGGCUUGUACCUCAAUCGGGCCCCAGUUGGAAAUGUAUGAACUGGGAAAUGAGUGGGACCUUUCUGGAAGCGAUUAUCGUCCGGCGAAUUACUCACUCCUGGACUAUGUGAACGAAUGGAACGAAAAAUCUGUCUUUGUCAAAGCAGCUACCCAAAAGGCCUGCCCAGGUCUCUUCCCUGGAUUUAUGGCGCCUAGCUUUGUGUUUAUAGAUGGAAUGACUACCUGGACAGCGGAGGAACUCUACAACCUUGACUAUGACCCGCAUGACCUCACCAAGGAAAUUUCGUUCCACAACUACAUGGGAGUCUUCGCCCCACCACUGGCUCCAGUAUCCUACGAUCUUCAAAAAACUCUUAUGAAUCACACCAACAUUGUCGAUAACCUGGCAUUGCAAAUCCAGCGCAUGAAGAAUCUCGCUCAUCUUGGCCACCCUUACAUCCUCGGCGAGACGAACUCGAUCGCGAAUCAGGGACGUGAUGGCGAGAGCAAUGUUUUCGGCGACGCCUUAUGGGUCGUUGACUUUUCCCUCUGGGCUGCUGCAAAUAACAUCAAGCGCCUCAACUUUCACCAAGGUCUGAACUACAGGUACGUCUCUUGGCAACCCAUAGCCAGCGAGGGCCAGCCACCUGAGACUAGACCCCCGUAUUAUGGUCAUAUCAUGGUCGCCGCCAGCUUGGGGCACUCGGAGAACAACAGAAUCGUCAAUAUCCCAUUGAAAGAAGACACAGAGUCUGCGUAUGGAAUUUACGAUGGAGACAGGCUAUCCAAGCUUGUUGUUGUCAAUCUUAAUGCGUUUAACCAAUCUACAACUACUUGUCGUCCAAGCCGGAAGUACGAGUUCAAGGUUCCUGGGCACUAUCAAGGGGCCACAGUGGAACGUUUGAUCGCCCCCGGGAGCGACGCUUUGACUAACAUCACAUUUGGGGGUGUUUCCUACGACUAUGACCUCAAGCAGGGAAGACCGGUCACUCUUGAUUGGAAACAGGAGAGGGCUGAAGUCCACGGAGGCAUGCUACAGAUUGAUGUCCCGGACUCUUCGGCCGUUUUGUUGUCGCUUAAUUGA